AUGCCGAAUAUUGUCAUUAUCAACGGGGCAGACGAAGUCACCCCUACAACCGAAGAAGGCGCGGGUGCCUUUACGGAUCUCGCGGGUUCCGAUGCCUCCGCCGAACAUCCCAUAGUAGCUGGAGUUUGGACCCUGGUCGAUCUCGAUGAACCUACUCCAGCGUGGGAAGCCGAAUGGGAUGAGAUAAAGUACUUGAUAGACGGAGAUUUAACGCUGAAGAAUGAGGAAACGGGCGAGGUCAGCGAUCUGAAGGCCGGUAGCAUGCUUUGGAUUCCCAAGGGGGCGAAGAUGUCAAUAGUCAAGUCAAAGGGAGUGCGUACCAUUUAUGUCGAGCAGCAAUAUCGGAAGGCGUUGCAUACUAGUUCUUAA